CCACCUCCGUCCAGCGGUCCACCAAGUCCUCAUAACUCAUGGCGUGGAGCAGAUACACGCUCCCGAUCCUCGCGGCCUCCGCCGUGAUCCAGGUCGCGCUGGUCGCGUACGCAGCCUACGUCGACGCGCACCCCGAGCGAUUCGGUGGCCUGCGGUACACGGACGUGGACUGGCGCGUCGUGCUCGACGGGCUGCGCGCAACCUUCCGCCCAAAGUCCUACGCCGAGGGACCGCUCGGCCCCGCCCUCGCCCUCGGGUCGCCAUACGACCGCGCCACGUUCCGGUACACGCCGCUACUCGUGCUCGUGCUCGCGCCUGCAGCGCUUGCGCCUGCUCUCGGCCGCCUCGUCCUCGUGGCGCUGACCCUCGCCCUCCCACCGAUCCUGCUCAGUGCCGGCGCGGAAGAGUGGAAGGUCCAUGCGCUGUGGACGCUCAACCCCGUCGUGCUGAACAUCACAACGCGCGGCAGCCCCGAAGCCCUCCCCUGCUUCUUGACGGCUGCACUCGCGCUCGCCCUCCGCCGCGCCGGGUUGGGAAGGCGCGCAAGCGCGAGCGCAAGCCCAAGCGCCAGAGGAAGGUGGGAGGCGGCCGCCGCCGUCAUCCUCGCCCUUGCAGCAAGCUACAAAAUCUACCCCGUCAUCUACGUGCCGGCGAUCUGGUCCGCUCUCGCGCGGAGACACGGCUGGUUCGGCGCCGCCGUGUGGCGCUUCGGUGCGAUCGCAGCCGCCACCGCCCUCGCCAUUAACGGCGCGUUGUGGCUUGUAUGGGGCGAGCCCUUCCUUGAACACACGUUCCGGUACCACCUUGCCCGCCUCGAUCACAGGCACAAUUUCAGCCCGUAUUUCCUCCCGAUCUACUUCGCGCGCACGCUGCCCAGCGACGGCGGCGCCCUCCUCCGCGCGCUGAGGCAUCCGCUGGCCAGUUUCUUGCCCCAGUUCAGCCUCGUCCUCGGCGCCGGUUUCGCGCUUACCCCGCGCCUCGGAGUUGAGAGCGCCAUGUUCUUCCAGACGGCCCUCUUUGUUGUGUUCAACAAGGUCUGCACCAGUCAGUACUUCCUCUGGCCGCUGCCACUCGUGCCCCUCCUCACUUUCCCUUCGUUGACAUGGCCCCGCCUCGGCGCUGCUCUCGCUGCCUGGGUUGCAGGACAAGCGCUCUGGUUGAGCCAAGCGUACCGUCUUGAACUGCUCGGCGAGAGCGUGUGGGUGCGCGUGUGGGCGGCGGGCCUUGUGCUGUUCGCCGCGAGUGUGUGGGGCUUGGGCGUGUUGUUGGCCGGGACCAGGGAGGUUGGACCGGCGGAGAAACCGGCAGUGUUGGCAACGGACAAGAGCAAGGCAGAACACAAGCAUUGAUAGACACUAGAUUCAUCGUACAACAUGCAUCUACGCACAGGCACACACACU